GGUAGCGAGCGACUGGCACUACUGGAUACGAUGCCAUGCCUGCCUUUGAGGCCUGGCACAUACAGACACCCAUGGCCCAUAUCACACCAUCACGCCUCGUCCCCCCCUCCUCUCUCACCUUUCCGCACUGCCCCUACCCUAGACUGCCCUCCUCCCCCCGCUCGCUCACCUUCCUGGCUCUUCCGAACCUAGGCGUGCCCCUCCCCCCCAAGUGCCAGCUGCAGCACACCUGCAUAUCACUUUUGCGCCAAAUUCAGAGCACAUUAUCACAGUGUGAUGGCCCCCCAUGCAUCGUGCCGCCUGCUGUGACCCAAGCUCGCCCGCGCCAUAGUGCCCAUCGUGGCACUUUGUUCCCUGCCCCUGCCCCUGGAUAUACUUAUUCCCUGGCGGUCGCUCGCUCCGUCCACGGCGGACGCCCUCUUCCACAUUUUCCCGACCCAUCGGCGACGGCUCGGGCAUCAACAAGGUCACCGCAUAUUGUUUCUCUGCAUUUUUCGCUUGCCUUCUUCGCCUUCUCACCCCCAGCCCUGUCCUCCUUACCCCCCGACAAGCGAGGAUAGGCGUAUCGGAUCGUCAACUGCUCUGUGAGCACGACUCGCAUCCGCGUCUUACAUACAUAUACAUACACCGGCUCCUGCCUGCGUGCAACCAACCUACAUACCUCUACAUACACGGGCACACGUACCUUACCUUACCGGCAUCUAGUAUACCCACUGCUGCCCGGCAGCCCAGAGGCGGACCUGCGUCGCAAACGGCCAAUAAUUGGACGUGGGGGAAACACCCUUCACUGCACAAACGUCGGCGGGAGAAAACGCACAUGAUGGCAUCUACACGCAGCGCCGGCAGCGGGCGGCCGCAUCCCGAGAUGCUGCAAAAACCGCAUCUGCACGAGACUUUCUUCAGUCUCAAGAACGCAGGCCCCCAGCAACGCCCGAUUUCUGUUGCCACCGAGUUUAUGGAGUCGGACUUUGACGACGAUGAGAUUCUCAGCGACGUUGACGACGGCGAGAGCUCCCCGAGGAUAAGCUUGAAUUCGUCUGGCCAGCCCAGUUUCACAACACUGUCUUCGUACGAAGAGGCUCAGACGCCGAGGUCGUUCCGCGCCAGGACCGCAUUCCAGGUCGAGACAGACUCGCUCAGGCAGGUUGAGGGCCCCAGGGGACCACAUCUGUUUAGGAGUUCCAGUCUGUCGGCGCAUUCGGCCGAGUUCGAGCACGCGCUGUCGCUGUCGCCAAUAACGCCCAAAGCGCCACUACAGGGAACCGAGUACCAUCUGCCCCUCGCCUUGGAGCUGACGCCACUGCCUGGCAGGAGGCGAGGCAGCGGACCCCGCUUCACCGACGCCGAGCUCGACACGUGCGACCUGGCCGACUGGUCGCCCGAGAUGGUGGCUCAGCAGAUGCUCAACGCUGGCGUCGAGCAGCAGACUGCCGAGCGAUUCGUCGAGAACGACAUCACGGGCGCCAUCCUCAUGACGCUCAAGUUCCGCGACCUGUCGGAGCUGGGCAUCACCUCAUUUGGCAUGCGUACCAAGGUCUGGAACGAGAUACUCAACAUGCUCGACGUCCAGGUCCCCUCAGAAAGGCCCGAGACCGUCAUCGAGGACGAGCCCGACCGCGAGGUCUGGAGAGAGCAGCGGGCGAUGGACAUGGUCGAGGAGAAGCCAAAGCGCAAGCAGAGCCGGCGCAAGCAAAAGCACCUGGGCGACGACAUCAUCUCGCCGCUCGAGUCCGUGUCCAUUGUCGGCAUCGAGCAAAUGAUGCCCAAGCCGCACCACUGCAAGAAGGGCGAGAACUGCUCAAAGUGGAAGCGCAACCAGCGCAUGAUCGAGGCCUUCAAGAAUGACCACCCUUUCGUCGACAUGGACAAGGGCGGCGUCAUCAUGGUGGCCGGCGACCCCGGCAACCCCCUGACCGCCGAGGCCCUGAACCGCAAGGAGUCGGACAUCUUCCGUCCUGUGUCGGACGCCAUACCCUCGGUUGUGGCCUCGUCCGACAUCAUGGGACCCGGUGGCAUCCCACCGCUGCAGUACCUGCAGGAGGCGGCCCUGCGCAACAUCCAAGCUCAGGACCCCCAGGACAAUGUCCGUCAGUUCCUCAGCUUCCAACACCAGGCCGCUGCCAGCCCCGCCCCAUCUAGCGAGGUGCCGCCCACGCCCCCGUUUGAGCUCUACCCCAACCAGCAGCCGCACCACGCGCAGGAGGCCAUGAGGUCGCUUCCCAGGCUCGCCAUUCCCAGCCAUCACAUCCGGACCAUGAACCAGACGCCCGCCUCGGCCGUCACCGUGAUGCAGCACCGCCCGCGCGAGUGGACCUCGCCAAGGCACUCGCUGGGACCGUCACCCGAGUCGACCCCGACGGCGCCCUACCGUUUCGGUACCCCAUUCUCGGACAUGGACGUGCCCGUGACGGCGAUCCCGCUCGGCCCGGUAGCCCGCGAUGUCUCGCAGUCGGUGCCGCCUGACAUGAACUACCGCGCAGCGCCAAGCGGCCACAUGCGGUCCGCUUCCCGCUCCUCGAGGCGGCCGUCUUUCCCCGUCCUCCCCGCGCUGGAUGAGAACCGGGUGGCCGUAGUGUCGCCGAAGCGACCUAGCCGCACGUCGUCGCCUCUCAGCGCCGGCGGCUCCCCCGUCGCUGGCGCCCAGCACCAGCAGCACCAGCAGCACCAGCAGCAGCACAACAAGAGGCCUCUGCAGGCGCCCCCGCGAGUGCAGUACCCGUGGACCAAGGAGCGGGUGGCGUACGAGAAGGCCAUCGCGCCGCCCCCGGGCAAGUCGGGCGGCAUGGUUGGCCCUUCUAUGAUGGCGGCGUCGGGCUCCCCGUGCGGCGUGGUUGGCGCGUCCCACGACGCCGAGGGCAUCACGUACCAGGGCCCCAUGCGCAAGCGCAAGACGCGCAUGCUCCGGCACGAGUGGCACGAGCACUAUUUCACGCUCAAGGGCACUCGCCUGGCCAUGCACAAGGACGCCAACGAGAUCGGCCGCACGCUCGAGUACGUCGACAUUGACGACUACGCCGUCGCGUGCUCGAGCCUGGCGGGCACCAGCAAGCUCAACGCCGCUUUCCGCGCCAUGAGCAUCCGCCGCGGCAGCGAGAACGACGCGGGCGCCUUCAGCUUCCAGCUCAUCCCCCAGGACGCCCGCGGAGGCGUCAAGCUCCUGCGCAAGCGCGAGAGCCUCAACACCUCGGCUAGCGCCGGCCACGCCUCGUCCGACGGCGAGGGCGCCAACGGCACCGGCAAGACGCACUACUUUGCCGUCAAGGGCCGCGACGAGCGCAUCGACUGGAUGCGGGAGCUGAUGCUCGCCAAGGCCCUCAAGCAGAAGGGCGAGGGCUUCGAGGUCAGCGUCAACGGCAACAUGAUCUGAACGAGCAGAACAAGAAAAAAGAAAAAAGAAAAAGAAAAAAAAUCACAAAACAAGAUCUAAAUCCGAAAACCCAUGUCAUUCACUACAUCCCCAACCUCACUCUCCACUACGAUUCCGUUCUAGUCUUUCAAACAGGUUUGGUCAUCACCGUUCUGGAAACCUUUUAGCGUAUUCAUACCAGGCGUCACUUGAGCAUUUGUUUUUUGUCUUUUGUUUUGCUUUUUGAAUCCAUUUCUUGGGGCGUUUUUUUCUGGGGACAUGGGACAUAAACUUUUACGACCACUGCCAGCGGUGAAUGACUUUGAACUACUGAAAGAUACCUCGACACGAUUCCCUGUCUCGACCGCUCUCAUCGAGCAAAAAGAAGCCUCGGUUUAUGUUUUGCUUUUGUCUCGCACUUUUCUUUCGAUCCCUUCCUUUGCUGCGCACAGAAAUCUAGUUAGCAGAAUAAUUGUAUAGUGUCAAUUAGCAUAACCUCAAAGUCUGUCAUGUAUGUCGUGAUUUGAUCGAGUGUCCUGUGGUUGGGUGGGUGGGACACCGGGGGAGAUCACCUUGCGUCACAAAUGCGCGCUUGUCUCAACGCGUUUGCCUGAAAG